AUGCAUUCUCCGACGGCAUUGACCCCCGAGCCCGUGGACGGCAGCAUCUCUAUGACAUCUAUGCACUCGCUAGAGUCUAUUAGCGAUUUGGAUCAAGGCUCCAUUUCCUUGACUCCAUCGCCCCUGGCCGUGCGCACGCUUGAGGACGCUCCUGUCAAGUCCAAUCAUUCUGUUCAUCACGUCAACAUGCCCGAUGGUCCCACUACGAAUCUCACGCCCAACAAACCCACGCAUACAAUGAGCCAGACACCGCUCCGUUCCACACCUCUCCUGACUCCACCUUCUUCGAACGAACGUCCGAACUCACAAUUUCCUGUCACCUUGCCACAAAGGAUGCCCUCUUCCCAAAUCCCUCUGACGGAGAAGAUUCAAGCACGGUCUGCACUCUACUCUCAGGCAAUUCAGAAUCAGCAACAACAGAAGGUCCUCAUCAACUCCAAUCAACACAAGCCCGCCGUCGGCACCCCAAUCUUGUCUCAGGUUCAUUACAUCGAAACACUUUCGAACACACUCCCUUCUCUUUCGUAUCAGCAACUUCAGCAACAACAUCAGCUGCAACAAACUCAGCAUCAACAUAAUGCACCGUCUCUCGAAAGUUCCUUCGAUAUCUCCGAAGCACCUAAAGAACUCAUCGAGAAGGUUCCUGCCGGGAAUUUGGAAUUGCAGGCUCCCUCGUUGACUGCUGUUGAGCUACCGGUUGGCGUCGAAUGUGCCUCUCUCGAGGGCCUUGAUUCAGCAGCAUGCACAAGCACCGCACAAUCAGCGUGCCCUAUUCCCAAGCCGGACCCGCUCGAGAAUCCAUUGAAAACGACAAAUGUGUAUAUCAAUGGGCUUCCACUUCGCUGGACGGACGAUGAUCUCUAUCGCUUAACCAGAGGCUUUGGAGCUGUCAAGAGCGUCAAGAUGUUCACCCGGCACCUCGAGGAUAAGCCUUCGGCGUACGGCUUUGUUUUGUUCAACUGUGUCGAAGAUGCAGAGCGCUUCAUCACGACUCUACGUCAGCACACCCAAUUCCACCCAUCGUUUGCAAAGACCAUCAAAGUCCCUGGAACCACAAACUCGAAGCAUGCAAUCGCCGAUCCUAUCAUCCCCGUCUCACGCGACGAAGAGUAUGCGGACAUUUCCAUCUUGGGCCUCCCUAUCUCGGUCGAUAUGCAGACCCUUCGCGCGCUAUUCGCACCUCAAGUCAUCAAGGCUAGCAAGUUCUUCCACACGACAGGAACUCCUCGUCGCCUCAUCGGAUUUAUCAGAUUGGAGAGCAAGCAGGCUGUGGACGAGAUCAUGGAACGCCUUCAUGGUUCAAGUGUACUCGGGUGGUCGGAGAAUCUAGUAAUCCAGGCUAUUCCUUCCACACACGACGGAGGCAUCGCUUCUGCGCUCGGUCAGUCCAGCCUAGAACAGAAGAUUGCAUCCAUGCAACCUCAACAUCCAGGCUCAUCCAGUUCAGCGUCGCGGCCUCUCUCUCUUGGCGUCUACCAGCAUCAACAAGUGCAAGCAAACGACAUCGUUCGCCUCGUGGAGACUAUGAAGAUGAGCGAGCCACACCAUACAGCAUCGGGGUCACCUGCAGUCCCUAGUUCCUCCAUCGAGUCCCACCUACGGGGGACUGCCCCACAGCUUCUUCCUCCGGUGCAGCUCUACGACUCUGCUCAAAGUUCUGGGCAACGCUCGAUCUCUUCUAUAAACAUUGCGAAUGUUGAGAAUGAUCGUCUUGGAUUGGGCAUCAACAUAGGCAAAACCUUUGCUCGCCCUGUGGGGCUUGGUCAAUCUCUUCCAGUCAUUCACACUCCGAGUCCAGCAUCCGAGCCUUUGCAACAAACUCAAUUCCAAUCUGCAGUUGGCGCUCCGCCAGCUACUCUCUACGCUCUUCAAGCGGCCGUGCUGGCGCAAGACUUGCUGUUCAGCUCUGCUCCUCCUUCAUCGCUUAGAAGAGCCACUUCAUACUUUAGCCUUGAACCAAACUCUCAUCAAGACACACUUUGGACGCCGACAAUCCAGCCACCUCUACAAGGCCUCAAAGACAAGAGCCUUCAUCGUUCUCUUGCUUUUAACCUGUCGGCGGAUGUCGGUCGACCCAUUCCCACUCUCAACGAUCACCUCAUGAAUGCUCCUUCAGCUCGAUAUUCUCGUCGUCCCAGCGGCAUCUCACCUGGUCUCCCGCCCUUUUCAUUUGUGCAGGGAGACGCAGCAUUUGCUCGUGGUGCCGAGUCGGUCAAGAAUGUGCCGUCUCAGCUUCCAGGGCUUACUCCAUCCUCUCAACCAUCCUCACCAGAGCCCAGCCCGAUCACUCCCACGUUUGGCAACUUGGUUCAACAUCUUGCAGGUACAAAGUCAGAAGACGCCUGA